AUGGCAUUGGAUGUAUCUUUCAAGAGAGAGAAAGAGAAGGUAACACGGAGUACCAGUUUGGAGGAAGGGAAAAAGCGAAGAGAAGAGGGAGAAAACGUUUUCCAGUUCAAAAGGUCAAACGCACAACCAUAAAACCAUCUCCUCUUGUCAUCUACAUCUUUCCCGUGCGUGUUCUCCGCUUGAUUAAUGCUUCAUCAUCUGAUUGUUAACUCACGUCAGCAGCAUCGCCCGGCGGCUGACGGAGACCGGCGACGGAGGCUACACUGACGAUUCAUCACCGACAUCAACAUCAGCAGUAGCGCAGGAAGCAGAUAUACAAUCUGUGUUACUUCAAUUGGUAACGUCUGGUUCGUUUCAUUCCUUGGUUGUUCUUCGAGUUUAUCAUGAAGAAAAGCCAGAGUAUCAAUAGUAACGUGAAUAAUAAGGUGAAGAAUGGGGCUACCAAUGGCUUUCUUCCGAAUUCUUUCAAGUUCAUAUCCUCCUGCAUCAAAACUGUGUCGUCUAACGUGAGAUGUGCGGGAGCCUCCGUGGCCGGUUCCAUCUCCGCCGCUGCCUCCGACUCGGAUGAUCAUCGCAAGGACCAGGUCUUAAACACUUCAUCGCAUUGAUGAUUCAAGUUUACUGAGUAGUUGUUACUUAAUUUCUACCUGGAUUUUGCUUACGUGCUGGAUUCAUUUAUAGCUGUGCCGAUUUUCUCCACAUUUUUGUACGGCAAAUCAUGAUAUCAAUUCACUCAUUCAUUUCCAGAUUGCUGGAUUGACGUCAUUCAUAUUUCAUAGGGUUGUAACCUUCUGACAGGCUGUAUUUGGUUACUACUUACUUCAAGUGAAUUUCAGUGCUUAUUUGUGUUAACAAAAGCUAUUGUUUGGGGACAUUGAGCUUUGUACAUGUCGUAGUUAUAACUUAGGGAGUAUAAGAUUGUAGAUAGAUGCUUCUGGAUAAUAAGAUAUUUACUUGAGUUUGAAAGGAACCUUAGGAACUUCAUUUUACUGUUCAACAUGUGGUAUUGUUUUAAUUUUGUACUGCUGAAAAGCAUAUUGUUACACUCACUAACUGUAUUUUAUUGUAACACAAUACCUUCGCAAGUAUUAGUUACAUGUGCAUUAACUGUAAUUCAGAUCUAAGUAGCAUAUUUCUCUCUUGAGGUUGUUGCAUGCUAUCUACCUUAUACUGAUUUUUUUCAUCAUCUAUCACACGCUCCAUGCAUGAUAUGAAAGUGUGAAAGUAAACCUUGACAAAAUCCUUGACCUAUACCUAUUGCAAAGUUCAAAAUUGCGUCCUGAGGCUAAGCAUUGAAGAAAUACCUAGAAAUUGGCGAUGUGGCUCAACGUAUUGAGAGCAAUACCUAGAAAUUGGCGAUGUGGCUCAACAUAUUGAGAUCAAUACCUAGGUUUUGCGCACUAUCCUACUGUGGCUUGCCAUAUCAAUAACUCUAUUAGGCUUAAUAGAGGCUUAUGCCGUACAGUUUGUCAGUUAUACUAAAGUGAAACAAGUUUUGAGUUAAAGAGUCAUCAACCCUAUAACAGAAAACUAGCCAUCUUUCUCCAGGCUGCCUUUCCUCCGCGCACCAACCCAAGAAAGCCUUUGCCCCUAUGUUGAAUAGCAAGAGUUUUAUUGUUAUUUCAUAACUUUAUUUUUCAUGCGUUGACUCACACCUCCUUCAUGGUUGCAUCACAUAUAUACACUCAUAUGCAUACCUAGGUUAUAUAAAAUACUCCACCCUCAUGGAAAAUACUAAAAUAAUCAACUCUCCACAUACUUGGAUACACUAAAGGAAUCGACACCCUCACAUCCUUCUUAAUUAAUUCAACAACUUAUUCAUUUUCUUUUAUCUUCUCCUAUCCAUACAACAUUACACUUAAAUCCCCCGUGGGUCUUUUCUUCCUCAAUAGCUCAGUGGUAGAGCGGUCGGCUGCGCCCAAUAGGAAUUGAACCUAUACCAAAGGUUUAGAAGACCUAUGUCCUAUCCAUUAGAUAUUUUAGUUUAGGUAAUAUUUUUGAUGCAUCAUUGUAAUAAGUUAACAAGAUACUUGCUCGCCAAGGCUCUUGGGACAAGAAUCGAUGAGAGGUUCUAUUUAUUGAUAGGAUCAUCUAUAGUUUUGGAGUUGGUGCUUGUGUCACUUGCCAUGUUCAGGAAGGAACAUUAGUCUGCCAAGGGCGACUAGUUCUUUAUCGUCAUACUUCUUAUCUUUCAAUAUUCUUUCUAUUCAUCUCCCAACGCCCAACCACGCUUUCAACAGUAUCUCUUUUUUCAUAUUUGAUCUUUUAAAAUGUCUGUGUAAGUGUUCAAUAGAAAUUGAGUGGGGACUGCGCACUAACCACUUCACUAGCUCACUGCCUCCGCUCGUGCUCAGUGUCAAGUACUUCUUAGCUAGAGACUUAGUGGCAAGUGCUCACUGUCGAAUGUAUUAUGUAAAAUGUGGAUUUUGUCUCAAUGUAUACAUUCAAAAUUUUGUCCUUUUAUAAUGUUUACCCAAAGAUUAUUAUAUAUAUCAAUAGUUAAAGAUUAAAAUCAUGCAUUGUCAAACUGAUGCAUCUAAAAGAAUGGAGAUAGGAUUGUGUAAGGCUUGACUGCUUGAGUUCACAGUUUUGGUGGUGGUAGGACUUCAUCUUUGACUUGUUUCUGGAUUUGACUAUACAGUUUCUUGAGUAUUAAUGAAUAUGGUAUUAUAUUAUGAUUAUUUUUAUUUUCUUAAGUACUUAGUAUCAUUUUGUAAUCAUGUUAUAUAAACUUUUACAUUAAACUGAGGCAUGCACAGUGAUACGUACAACUGUAUGCAUGAUGAGGUUGGCUCCUCUCUUCAUCCCACCAAUCCGCCUUAUCUAUGCAAUACACACGGUUUAUAAGGCAUUGAUAUUUGGUUUACAUUUAAUGCUUAGAAUGUGUAGUUAUGUACUCGCAUACAUAGAUUCUAGAAUUCUGACACUGUUUUGUGUUUCUUUGUCUGCCUUGUUCUAUAAAAAAGGUGUGGUUCUAUACUUCUAGGAGAACAACGAAAGGAGUAUUGAAGCCAUACAAUUGUAUGCCAGCAAUGUAGGAGAAAAAGAAAAUGUUUUAUGGGCUUGCUUUGACAAACUAGAAUUAGCUCCCUCAUCAUUCAAAAACAUCCUGCUGAUUGGUUAUUCCAAUGGGUUUCAAGUCUUGGAUGUUGAAGAUGCUUCUAAUGUAUGCGAACUGGUCUCUCAGCGCGACGAUCCAGUAACAUUUCUACAGAUGCAACCCAUCCCUGCAAAGUCUGAUGGCCAUGAGGGAUAUAGAAACUCACAUCCCUUGCUCUUGGUGGUGGCUUGUGGUGAAGCAGCUCAGUCCAUUCCUGCACAAAGUGGGAGGGAUGGCAUUAUUGAGCCUCAAGCAGGAAACAAUACGAACUUGCCUACUACAUCUACCCUUAGAUUUUAUUCUCUAAGGUCCCACAAUUAUGUUCACAUUUUGCGAUUCAGGUCUGCUGUUUUUAUGAUUAGAGCUAGUCCGCAUAUAGUUGCUGUUGGCCUCGCGACGCAGAUAUAUUGCUUUGAUGCCAUCACCCUGGAGAAUAAAUUUAGUGUGCUCACCUAUCCUGUGCCUCAGUCUGGCGGUCAGGGUUUUACUGGAGUCAAUAUUGGCUAUGGUCCAAUGGCUGUAGGUCCAAGGUGGUUAGCUUAUUCAUCAAACAACCCAAUGAUAGCAAACACAGGACGAUUAAGUCCACAAAGUCUUAGUCCUUCUCCAGGUGUUAGCCCAUCUACAUCUCCAGGUAAUGGAAACCUGGUAGCUAGAUAUGCCAUGGAGUCUAGUAAACAACUUGCUUCUGGAUUAAUCAAUCUUGGAGACAUGGGCUAUAAGACUUUUUCAAAGUAUUGUCAUGAGCUUCUUCCUGAUGGCUCCAGUUUACCUGCAUCAUCAAGCACUGUCUGGAAUGUCGGAAGGGGUCCACUUCACUCAAAUGAAACCGAUGCAGCUGGGAUGGUUGUCAUCAAAGAUUUCAUAUCCAGAACUAUAAUUUCACAAUUUAGGGCGCAUACUAGCCCUAUAUCUGCUCUAUGUUUUGACCCUAGUGGCACUCUCUUGGUCACUGCUUCCAUACACGGUAACAAUAUAAAUAUAUACCGUAUAUUGCCCAAUUGUUCUCAGAAUGGAUCAGGUGCACUUAACAAUGAUUGGAGUUCUUCUCAUGUCCACCUCUACAAGCUCCAUCGAGGCGUGACUCCAGCUGUGAUACAGGACAUUUGUUUUAGUAACUUUAGUCAAUGGGUGGGUAUUACUUCAACUAAGGGGACAUGCCAUAUUUUUGUACUAUCCCCUUUUGGUGGUGAGACAGGGCUUCAGCAGAGCACUCAUGUUAGUGGAACAACACUAACACCUAUACUUUCUAUGCCAUGGUGGUCUGCUUCUUCUUUUUCAACAAAUGCACACUCUUCUUGCCCCCCACCAACACCUAUCACACUGUCUGUCGUUAGCAGGAUAAAAAAUGUCUCUGGUUGGCUUAAUUCAGUAAGCAGUGUGGCAUCUUCUGCAGCAGGAAGGGUUUCUGUACCUUCUGGUGUUGUUGCAGCUGUCUUUCAUAGUUGCGUACACCGAGAUGUGCAGCAUGCUCCCCAAAAUCUGAACACUUUAGAACAUUUGUUGGCCUUCACUCCCAGUGGACAUCUAAUUCAAUAUGAAUUGGUUUCUUCUCUUGGUCGAGAGCAGGGUCAGUCUUCUUUGAGAAGUGGUACUGCCCACUUAAUGCAGAUGCAAGAGGAUGAUCUGGGAGUUAAAGUUGAGCCUGUACAAUGGUGGGAUGUUUGUCGAAGGGCAGACUGGCCUGAAAGAGAGGAGUGCAUUCAGGAAAUCUCCCUCUGGAACCGUGGGUGCAUGGAAACUGUCAUAGAUAAUUCUGCCAGUGAAGAUGAUGACAUUGGAGGUAAGGAUAUAACAAAGCCGCAUGGUCAGUCUCACUGGUAUCUUUCAAAUGCCGAAGUUCAGUCAAGGUCUUGGAGGAUACCAAUUUGGCAGAAGUCUAAGAUAUGCUUCUAUACAUUGAGUUUCCAAGGGAAUGCAGAGCAUUAUAUUGAUCAGCUUUCUUCCAGCGGGGAGAUUGAAAUAGAGAAUAUUUCUGUUAAUGAAGUCGAAAUCAAGCGCAAGGAUUUGCUACCUGUAUUUGACCAUUUUCAGAGGGGCACAAAUUGGAAUAAUGAAAGGGUUUCUUUUGAUGGCAGAUUUUCUGGUUCAUCGUAUGCUUCUUCCACAGCUAAAGAGAAACCAGAAGUUAGUUCUGCUAUUGCAACGGCGGCUCCACAGUGUUUGCUGAAAAAGGCACAUGCUGAUAAAAUGAGUGCGAUGCCAGUGGCAUAUCCACAUGUCGACCUAAUGGAUGAGAAUGAUGGAGCAAGUGAAUCAAGGUCAUUGGCCCCAUUCACGCUGAACCAAACAUCCUCUAGUCCUGAGCUAUCCACAAAUAUCAUAUCUUCCUUGGAGGAAGUUUACAUUGUAAAUAGUCCAUCUCCCCCCAACAGUGGGUCCCUCUUUGCAGGAGGAACUACUGCUAGGGAUGUUCCAUCUUCAAACAGUGCUUUUACUAGUGAAGCUUCAAACACAAGCUCUAACCAUUCUAAUAGGAGUAUGAAUAUUAGCAACGAUGAGGGGCCAAAUCAUGAAGAUAUGAGUGACCCUGUAGAUUUUGCACAGUAUUUCAGAGAAGGCUAUUGUAAGGCUUCAACUAACCAAGAAUCCCGUGAAUAUACAAAAGCGGUCACUCAUAAUGAUAGCAAUAAUACUCCUUGUGGAAAGGAGAAGGGUGAAGAUGAUGUGGAAAGUGUUGACAUGCUUGGUGGGAUUUUUGACUUCUCGGAAGAAGGUUGAUGCAUGACUUCAGAUAAUCUGCUGGUGUCAUGCUCCACUAUCAGAAUCUUUUAAAGCAUUGUCCAGUGCAUAUGAAUCUCAUGUUCACCCCUUUUCACUUGGACAAAAAUGCUACUGACUAUUGGUUGCUAAGUGUGACAUUUGCUUAGUCCAUUUUUUUUUGCCGGGACAACAAACGCCCGGUUUCUCUGCAUGUAAUUCAUAUGUACAUAUGCUGUAUAUUCAAAUUCAUCACAAACGAUUGGCAUGGACAGUUGUUUGUCUGUAAUGUUCAAAUUCAUAUAUUUGUUCUUUGGAAAAGAAAAGAAAGUGAGAAAAUAAAACAAAAAGUGAAAACUGGCUUAGUUUAUUUGUUUACUGGCGGGGGCCGGGGAAGUACUUUUGUUUGUUGUAUGCAAUGAUGCCCCCUCCACACACCGAAGUAGUGACAGAUCAGAACUCAGCAGUUGAGCGGACGACAAAAGAUGCUUCAUUUCUGACAGAAAGGAACACGGUUUAGGGGCUCGAUGGCAUAUGAAAAUUCAUAUUGGCAUUUCAUGUACAUAACAAAUAUGGCUAAUAAUAUCUGGUAAGUGCAACUUAUUGCACGUUUUGUGUGUAUCAGUGUAUGUGCCUUAACUGAAAACUGGGUUGUUCAAUCGUUUGGUUGACAUGAAAGAGUGUGGUAGUAUGUGAACAGUAUUAUGAAGGAAUCAACUAUCAAUCUAUAAUUCUUC